UUAAAUCAACAUGACAAAAAUAUCACUGAAAAAGAAGAACAAAAGAGCCCUAACCAACCUAACUAAUAAGGAUAUAAUAAAACACAGAUUUGCGGUAUUGUCGUAAAAAUCCGCGAAAUUGGCAUACGGCAAUUGUCAAAUGAAAGUAUGGUGGUGUUGAGAAGUAGUAAAAGUACAGAUGGUUCUGAUUUGAGACAAGAAGUUCAUCUUGUUACUGGUGGUGGAGGGUAUGCUGGUUUCUGGCUAGGUAGGAAUCUGGCUGCUAGAGGUCAUAGAGUGAUUCUCAUUGAUGUAAGGGAUCCAAUCUGGACAUUAAAAGAAAACAUGAAGUUUAUGAUUUGUGACCUGACCAACAGAGACAUGGUAAAGACAAUGUUAACCAAUGUUGAUUGUGUUUAUCACAUGGCAUCAUAUGGAAUGUCUGGAAGGGAACAGUUAAAUAGAAGAAGAAUAGAGGCUGUUAAUGUUGGUGGCACAGAAAAUGUUAUACAAGCUUGUAUAGCUAACGAUGUGACAAGGCUGGUAUAUACAAGCACAUAUAAUGUUAUAUUUGGUGGUCAGACAAUUAUAAAUGGUGAUGAAAGUCUUCCAUACCUACCCCUCAACAAGCAACCAGAUCAUUAUUCUAGAACAAAAAGUAUAGCUGAGCAGAAAGUGUUAUCUGCCAACACCAGUGUAACAGAUGGUGGGAAAACACUUCAUACAUGUGCCUUACGACUAGCUGCAGUAUAUGGACCUGGUGAACAAAGACAUAUACCUAGAAUAGUGGAUUAUAUAGAGAAAGGAUUAUUCAGUAUUAUAUACGAGACAGAUACAUUACAGGAUUUUUUACAUGUAGAAAAUUUAGCUCAAGCUCAUGAACUAGCAGGGAGAGGUCUAACAGAAGAUAAAAACUGUAUUGCUGCUGGUCAGGCAUACUUUGUCUCUGAUGAUGCUCCAAUCAACACUUUCUCUUUUUUUGGACCUCUAAUAACUGGUCUAGGUUACCCUAUGCCAAGUUUAAGACUCCCAAUUUCUCUCAUAUAUUUUGUAGCAUUUCUAACCGAGUGGUUACAUUACCUGAUCUCCUAUGUGUACAACUUCCAGCCUUUACUUACACGAACAGAGGUAUACAAGACAGGUGUUACACAUACAUUUAGUAUCAAGAAAGCCAGGGACCAGUUAGAGUACAGUCCUACUAUACAGAAUGAUAUAUCGAAGGUUAUACAACACUAUAUAAACACUGGACACAUGAAACCUACACAGAAAAAAGGGUCUGCUAUAACUCAGUGGAUAGUGAAUAUAUUUAUAGGGGCAUUAUUUGCUUUCCUUAUUAUGUCAUUUUUACCUGUGGCAAAAUAGUCAUUAGAUAAUUUUUAUUCAUAUAAAUUUUGUAGUAAUUUUUAUUUUCUUGUCAGAAGACAUUUUUUUGUCCAAAGACAGUUGACAGUUUUCUCUGGCACAAAUUUUAUGUGCAUUCAAGCAACUUUUUUCCAAAAUGAGUAAAUUUUUUGUCUGUUCUGAAAUGGUCAUUCACUAGUUCAAGGGUAAUUUUAGCAUUUCUGAGAUUAUGUUAAUUAUAUUGGAGAAAAUUUAUCACAAUUUUGAACACUUUAUUUACUUUGUAAAGUACUGGGUAAUUAUGUUUUUCAUUGAAACAGUUUCUAUUAGCUAGUCUAUUGGGUCAGUUAUUACAGUAAUAAACAAAAAUAAAGUUAAUGAUUUUGUGCUUAAUCUAUAAUCCUCACUUUAUAUAUAUGACUGGUAGUUGUUUUUAAAAAAAAAAACAUUUCAGGCUAUUUCUGUGUUCAAAAAAUCUAAUCAGAAAUUAAAUUAUGGCCAUGGAUUUGGUUAUUAUAUAGUAAAACAUAGAAUAAAAGCUGUGAUACAAGGCAUGUCAUAUUUUGAUAACUGUUAGUCAUACAUUUAUAUUUACAAAAUGUAUUUAUGUAAAAUUUAUUGUGCAAUACCACUUUUAACAUAUGGUAAAUGCUUUUGUUCUACACAUGUAUUACCAUUUUCGAUAGGACCAUAAAAAUGAUAACAAGCACAGAAUGAUUUUGUUUUGACAAUCAUUAAUUUUACCAAUAAUUACUAUCUGAACAUCAUAUGGGUAAUAUCAACUCUAUUAUUGUAAUUAUACUAUUGAAAUAUAUUUAUUAAAAAUAGUCAAUUAUUUUA